UUUUGCGUAUUUCUAUUUUUCAGUUUGUAAUUGUUGUAAUGUUGUGCUCGUGUAGCUUUUUAUUUAGUCGGCUUAUCUUGGCCAUUGAACUUGCUGUUGCUUGCAGCUUGCUUAAAUAAUCUGAAGUGGUGUUGUUAUGUUACAAAUGUUGCCUUGAAAAUUUUUCCAUUAAUUUGCACGAAACAUUAUGACGCUUAAUUUAUAAUUAUCACUAAGAAAAUUAUUAUUAACAUUUAACUUUAAUAAAUAUUAAUUAAUUAAUAUUAAUUUCUGUUAAUAAUAGUGCGUGCAGUAUCGCUUAUUAGUGGAUACGAUGCCACUAUUAUCUGCGGAAUCCUGAUGAUUUCUCGCUGUCUGACACUUUCCGUCGCUUGGGAAAUUAUUUGCUGACGGAUUCCAAUUCAGCUGCUUCGCGCAUUCGACCAUGGACGUUGCUGUAUCCGACGCGGAUCAGCGCUUCUUCGCCGAUCUGGUGAAACGGCGCAUCGUGGAGGAAUUAUCGAGUGGUGUGCAUGCUAUUCAGCAGCAGUUGGCCAGGGACCAGUCAGCUGUUGUCAGUGAUGAACUGGGGGAAAAUCUGUGCAGCUUGAUAGAAGCUGUACUGCUUCAUGGACAACUGCCGAAUUCUUGGACUGUCAAGCUUUCCUCAGCAUUCGGAAUUUCCAAGUCGUCGCUCCUGGAAAACACGAAUUUCUGGCCGGUUGUCAGUACUGUCUGCCAUCGAGAUGUCCUGCAGAGGAUCAAUUUCGCCCGGUCCGUCCGCACGGAUGUUAGCCGUUGUCGGGUGUGGCUGCGGCUGGCCUUGAACGAUUCCCUCUUUGAAUCUUACCUUCAUGCCAUUGUCUCAAACGAGGAGUUAACCAGAACGUUUUACCAGCCGUGGGCGUUUUUGCGGGAUCCGGAAAUGCUGGACAUUGUUAGCGGUCACUUAUUAGGUCUACAGAAUUUUGCAUUCUGUUUGUCCAUUGAUAAGGAUCUGAAUCGGUGGGACAGACGGGCGCUGUUAUUGGCGGGCUUGCUGCCCGAUCCAGAAAACCAGAAACACAACCAACCGCCCAGUGAUCAUGCCACCCCCUCACCACCGGAACCCCCAUGCUCCCCACCCGACCUCCCCGACACCGCCAGCGACGGCGAAACCACCAUCAUCCCCACCCGUACCCGCAACGGCACCGUCCUGCGGCCCCGCGCCCAAUCCUCGCCCCUCCCGCCACCCCAACCCCUCGCCGAUCUCCCCCUGCCCCCGAAGAUCAUCACCACGGAACAUCUGGAUGAGGAGCUGGAGGCCAUUCUCAAAAUCACGACGGUGGACAGCAUGGCGACGGUGCGGCGCGAUGAGGAGGAGAUGCACCGGCAGUCGCCGGCCUCCCUCCCCCUGCCCAUCGGGCGGCCGCUGCGGGAGCGGGCGGAAGUGGAGGAGGAGGGGGCGGAUGCGGAGUCCAAUCAUUCCGGGUCGAAUCUGGUCGGCAAGCAUACCGGUUGGUCGUCGUCAUAUGAUGAUGCGGAUGUGGUGCCGUCGCCGCGGAGUGUACGGAAAAAGCGGGCGGCGACGCAUGAAAGUUUUGACGCUGUGCAGGAACGCAGCGUGGCCAUCACGCCGGGCUUCUCCAGUUCCCUGGGCAUUGGAUCAUCGCAAUUUGCUCAGAUGAUUGACGCCUUCCAGAGCGAUAGCAGUUCGGCUGGUACGCCCACCGCUUCUCAAUAUGAUAUGUCGCCGGGAGAUUUUGAGCAUGAUUUUGAAAUUCUCAGUCCUGAUUAUGUGAUAUCCACUAAAAGCAUUGAAGGCAAAAAGCGUGAAUUGUUGGUGAAAAUUCCCCUGGAAAAGGGGCUGCGUGCGCAGCAUUACAAAUGCGGUGCAUGUGGUCGUCCAAUUGGAAUGCUUUACGGAAAAUCGCGUUUAUGCCAUUUCGAUCGAUUGUAUUAUUGUUUGGAUUGUCAUGUGGACAAUGAAUCGGUGAUUCCCUCGCUGAUUAUCCAUAACUGGGAUUUUAGAAAGUAUAAAGUUUGCAGUCGUGCUAAAGAGUUAAUUGACGCGGUGGAGACCACACCGUUAUUCGAUCUGAAAGAGUUGAACCCGAAACUGUACACGUAUAUUGCACAAAUGGAAGAAGCUCAGCAUUAUCGCAUUCAACUGCAAAUUGUCAAAUCUUAUCUGUGGACGUGUAAAAAGGACGUAUGUGAGCAGUUCAACCAGCGAUUAUGGCCGCAUGAUCAUCUCCACGAAAGUAUCCAUGUCUAUUCGCUGCUGGAUUUACUGAUGACACGGAAUGGAUCGCUGAUACCCAAAAUGAAGACCGCCAUCCAGUUUGGCAUUGAUCAUGUCCGCAAGUGCUUCCUGUGUAGUCAGCGGGGAUUUAUUUGUGAAGUCUGCCGCGUGGGAGAAGUACUGCACGCCUUCGAUACCAAGGACAAUUAUCAGUGUUCCAAAUGCUACGCGGUUUUCCACAAGAGAUGUAUGAACGCCACGAAGCCCUGUCCGAAAUGCCAGCGGAAGAUGCUGCAUGCUCAAUGGCGCGCAAAAAUCGGCAGUCAGGAGUAACGCUGAGUCGCCGCCCAACAAUCUUGAUACAAUUUAAGGGACCAAUAAAUGAUAAUAAUUUUUUUGCAUGUUCUUGUUGUGGCUGUACAUUGAUGUUAUAAAAUAGCGCAGUCUGGUCAUGGUUUGAGAAUCUGGAAAAAGUCAUUCUGGUUGUUUUUAUCGUGCUUUUUGUCGCGUCGACUGUUGUUUGCGUCACUUCGUCUGAUGUUUCAAUGUGGACAGAGCUUUAAGUUUAAAAUGUUUCUGGUUUGUGUUAUUCUUGUUUUACGCUCUAGUCGUUUGUUGGUCUGUUGGCAUUCUGAGAAUUACGUAAAAUAAAAGUGUUGCGGUAGA